AUGGGUUCGACGGGGCCUGAGGGAGUGGAGAUGCCGCCGCACGUAGUGUGCGUGCCGUACCCGGCGCAGGGCCACGUCACUCCGAUGCUCAAGCUCGCGAAGCUGCUCCACGCCCGGGGCUUCCAUGUCACCAUGGUCAACACCGAGUUCAACCACCGCCGCCUGCUCCAGUCGCGUGGCCCCUCCGCGCUCGACGGCAUCCCCAGGUUCCGCUACGCCGCCAUCCCCGACGGGCUCCCGCCCUCCGACGCCAACUCCACACAGGACGUCCCCGCGCUCUGCUACUCCACCAUGACCACCUGCCUCCCGCGCCUCUUGUCCCUCCUCAGGAAGCUCAACGACGACCCUGGCGUGCCACCCGUCACCUGCCUCAUCGUGGACGGCGUCAUGUCGUUCGCCUACGACGCGGCGAAAGAGCUGGGCGUGCCGUGCGCCGCGCUCUGGACCGCCAGCGCGUGCGGCCUCGCGGGGUACCGGCACUACCAGCAGCUCGUCCAGUGGGGCCUCGUCCCUUUCAGGGACGACGCGCAGCUCGCGGACGACGCGUACCUCGACACCGUGGUCCGGGGCGCGCGCGGCAUGUGCGAUGGCGUGCGCCUGCGCGACUUCCCCACCUUCAUCCGCACCACGGACCGCGGCGACAUCAUGCUCAACUUCUUCAUCCACGAGGCCGAGCGGCUGUCGCUCCCGGACGCCAUCAUGAUCAACACCUUCGACGACCUCGAGGCGCCGACGCUCGACGCCCUGCGCGCGACGCUCCCUCCGAUGUACACUGUUGGUCCGCUGCUCCUCCACGCGCGCCGCGCCGUCACGGAGGGCAGCCAGCUCGAUGCCCUCGGUUCCAACCUCUGGGAGGAGCAGGGUGGCCUCCUCGAGUGGCUAGACGGCCAGGCGGCGGGCUCCGUUGUGUACGUCAACUACGGAAGCAUCACCGUGAUGUCGAACGAGCAGCUACUGGAGUUCGCGUGGGGGCUAGCUGGCAGCGGCUACGCGUUCAUGUGGAACAUCCGGCCAGACCUUGUGAAGGGUGACACCGCCGUGCUGCCGCCGGAGUUCUUGUCCUCCGUGAAGGACCGGGCCAUGCUAACGACAUGGUGCCCGCAGGAAGCUGUGCUGGCGCAUGAGGAGGUGGGGCUGUUCCUCACGCACUCCGGGUGGAACUCGACUCUAGAGAGCAUCAGCGCGGGGGUGCCGAUGCUCAGCUGGCCCUUCUUCGCGGAGCAGCAGACCAACUGCCGGUACGUGCGUACAGAGUGGGGCGUCGGGAUGGAGAUCGGUGGCGAGGUGAGACGCGCAGAGCUGGCAGAGAUGAUAAGAGAGGCCAUGGGCGGGGACAAGGGGAAGGAGAUGCACCGGCGUGCCGCGGACUGGAAGGAGAAGGCCAUUCGAGCGACAAUGUUGGGUGGGUCUGCGGAAACCAAUCUGGACAUUAUUGUCAAUGAGGUGCUGCUCCGCAACCGCAAGUCCACAACAUAG